UCAACUCUAUUACGCCCAAAGGCUCGUCCUCUCCUUUAGUACACGUUGCUUUCUCCCCCAAAGCACAUACAUGCGCCCCUUAUUCAUUACCAAUUAUUUUUCGCUCUCGAUCUUCGGUUUUAGGGUUUCAGUUUCAUUUGCUUUGUUGAAUCAAUCCGAUUACGUACGGUUGCUGAUUUCGGGAUCGACUGUUCAUUCUUGAUUCCUCAGAUUGCUUGUUGAGCAGUUACAGCUGGCAGAAAACAGUAGUUGGGUUUUUGCCAAUGGAGAAGGCAACAGAUUCUAGCUUAUUUGUCAAUGAUGGUUCUUUCAUGGAGAGGUUCAAACAGCUCCAACAGGAGAAGGAAACGGAAAAGGUGAAGACUGCCUCUUCAAAAGAGUCUAAGACAGCCUCCAGUAUAUUGGGAUCUUCAACUCCGAAGGCCGUCAUUAAUAAACCAAGCUUUGAAUUAAAAGCUAAUGCAUCACGGAAAACUACUACAGCUCCUUCAGGCGGGAAACUUGCAUUCAGCCUGAAACAGAAGUCCAAAAUCGCUGCACCUUCUGUUAAGCUAGGUGACGAUGAGGAUGAGGAUGAAAAAGAUGCUGGUAAUUCUUCAGGAGAUGGGCCAAUUAAACGGCAGAGGGUGGCCGAACCUGGUGCUCUGCACCAGCCUGUUAGACAAAUUGAUGUUGCACCAAAUCCUCCAAGUGAUCCAACAGUGAAGAAAGUUGCAGACAAGUUAGCAAGUUUUGUGGCCAAGAAUGGAAGGCAGUUUGAGCAUAUCACACGCCAAAAGAAUCCAGGAGACACUCCAUUUAAGUUCUUAUUUGAUGAAAGCUGUCCCGAUUACAAAUACUAUGAAUAUCGACUUAGUGAAGAGGAAAAGGCUCUAUCACAGACUACGGAUGCCCAAACAUCGCUUAGUGGUGUUACUAGUACUGCUACUCCUAGUUCAACGAGUAGUUCUCAUAGGUCACAUCAGCAGCAUUCAAAUUACCAAAUUCCUGCAUCAGCAUUAUAUGGAGCAGCGGAGAAUACAAGUUCUUCAGAUUCGGCUGGAAAAUCUGGUCAUCCAAGCGGUCCAUCGGGGUCAGAUCCAAUAUCGAUGAUGGAAUAUUACAUGAAGAAAGCUGCAGAAGAAGAGAAGCUGCGGCCAUACAAAUCUUCAAAAGAUGAGAUGCCUCCGCCUGCUUCUCUCCAAGCUCCAGGAAAGAAGGGGCAUCAUAUGGGAGACUAUAUCCCGCCUGAAGAGCUUGCUAAGUUUUUGUCUACCUGCAAUGAUGUAGCUGCUCGGAAAGCUGCCAUAGAGGCUGCAGAAAGGUCGAAAAUACAAGCUGAUAAUAUUGGCCACAAACUUCUGUCUAAAAUGGGUUGGAAAGAAGGUGAAGGACUAGGGAGCUCUAAAAGUGGUAUUGCAGAUCCAAUCACGGCCGGCAAUGUAAAAUCAAAUAAUUUAGGAGUUGGUGCUUCCCAACCCGGGGAGGUAACUCCAGAAGAUGAUAUCUAUGAGCAAUAUAAGAAACGAAUGAUGCUAGGCUACAAGUACAGGCCAAAUCCGUUGAACAAUCCUCGGAAAGCAUACUACUGAGGCAUUUUCUGGAAUAUUUCCAGCUGGCCAUCUAGAGGGUGCAGCGCAGACAAGGCAAUGACUCAACCUCUAUAUUGGAGUAUCUUGAGUUUGUUAUAGUUUACUUCUGGAAUACGAAUUAUUUCGAAAUUGAUGUUAUUUGGUCUAAAUACUGCUCCUACAAGUUUGAAUUCGUUGUAUCUGAUAUAUUGUGGUGAAGAUGACAUGUGGUUCGAACUCUUAUAUAUUGUUCAGCGCUUCUUUUCUAUUCAAGGUUUUCAAUUGAAACAUA